AUGUCUGACCACCCAACGGAUGUUCUCAACACAAUCAAUCUCGUCACGCAAUGUCUCUGUAUUCCGAUCGUUACUCUCUUUGUCGCCUUGCGCUUUUACACCCGGAUACGAUUCAAGCAAACCCUGGGGGUUGAAGAUUAUAGCUGUAUCGUAGCUUGGCUAUUGUUCAUGGGAUACUGCGCAAUCAGUAUCGUCAUCGGCAAACAUGGCGGCGGCUACCACUUCGACGAACUAGACGGCGCAACCCAAAUCCAAUUCAAAAAGUUCUGCUACAUCGCAACAAUCCUUUACUGCCCAAUGGCUCUCUUCGUCAAAAUCGCCCUUCUUUCAAUCUUAACCCGCAUCUUCGCUCCUUACCGCGGCAAAGUCUGGUUCAUCUACAUCUUCCUCGGCUGUCUCUGCUGCUACUACACCGUCGCUCUCAUCAUCAAGAUCCGCAUGUGUGCCCCGAUCCCAAUGUACUGGCUCGGUCCAGUGGAGGGCGGCUCCUGUCUCGACCAAGCCGCCGCUCUGAUCGCCGACUCGGUUAUCAGUGUUGUCAGUGAUAUCAUCAUCCUCAUCCUGCCCCUGCCGCUCACGUGGUCCCUGCAAAUGUCGCGGAACCGCAAGCUGCGCGUGAUGGGUCUUCUCGGUGCUGGUGGUUUGGCUACAGGGUUCAGUCUGUACCGUCUAGUUCUCGUGUUGAAGGAUGGUAACUCGACCGACAUGAGUCUGAUGUUUGUUCGAGUCAUCCUGUCUGGGUAUGUUAUGUUCACCCCUGUCCCUUUGCAUUCCAUUCCCAUCCCCGUUCCAUUCAUGAACCUAACAAACAACAGAAAUGCCGAAGGAGGCGUCGGUCUAAUCUGCGCCUGUCUCCCAAUCCUCAACGUCCUCCUGGCCCACUACAAAAAGACAGUCUCGGACAAAUACUACCAACACAGCUCGAACAUGGCCCUAAGCGAACGCGAACGCAAGUCCGCCCCGUCCAAGGUUGCCUCCGAAUGGGAUAAGGCCACUGCAUUCGGUGAUCAGAGCCAUCUGAUUUCGUUCGCUGGUGCGCCCGAGGCGAGCGAGCCUUAUAACCCUGAAGACGGGAUUCGGAAAACGGUCGCUGUGUCUCAGACUGUUGAGGCUUCAUGA